AUGGAGUUCCCUCAGCAGUACACCUCGGAGCAUACCGAUGCUCCAGAGGUUGCACUUGCAGACUCUGAGCAAGUUGCUCCCGAGGAUACGAGAUCGCUGGUUCAGGAGCAGGUCCCGGAGCCAGCCCAGGAACAGGAGGUCCCACUCGAGCAACCUCUGGAGGAACCUCUGGAGCAGCACGCACCGGUCAGCGUCAACGUUGAAGAGCCCACUUCUGACCACACUGCUCGCGCCACCAUCAACAAUGGCUAUAACAGCGACUCCAAGGCUCACUAUCAUUCCCGAUCCACUGACUUCCAUCACUCCGCCCCCGAAUAUGCCGCUCAGGACACAGAUCAGUCCACUCGCCAGAACUCGUCCCCUUCUCUCAGUCACCAACUGCCCGUGCCAAACUCCAGACCUGGUUCGGGAUUAUCUAGCGGUACCGAGCGCCCUGGUCUUUCCCAGCCGCAACAGCAAGAAGUUCUGCGACAAGGACAGAGCUCACAGGCCUCGAAGAAUAGUGUGGUGAUUAAAGUUGGCAUGGUUGGUGAUGCUCAGAUCGGAAAAACCAGUCUGAUGGUCAAAUAUGUUGAGGGGAGCUGGGAUGAAGAUUACAUCCAAACCUUGGGUGUCAACUUUAUGGAAAAGACAAUCUCCAUUCGGAACACGGAGAUUACCUUCUCGAUUUGGGAUCUUGGUGGUCAGCGUGAGUUUGUUAAUAUGCUGCCACUAGUCUGCAAUGACGCCGUCGCAAUUCUGUUCAUGUUCGACCUCACGCGCAAGAGCACAUUGAACUCAAUCAAGGAGUGGUAUCGCCAAGGACGUGGCUUUAAUAAAACUGCUAUCCCAUUCUUGGUUGGCACCAAAUACGAUCACUUUGUCAAUUUCCCCCGUGAGGAUCAGGAGGAGAUCUCGAUCCAGGCCAAGCGCUUUGCGAAGGCCAUGAAGGCCAGUCUCAUCUUUAGCAGCACUAGCCACAGUAUCAAUGUACAGAAGAUCUUCAAAAUCGUUCUGGCCAAGGCGUUUGACCUGAAGUGCACCAUUCCAGAGAUUGAAAACGUUGGCGAGCCUUUACUCCUGUACAAGAACGUCUAA